AAAAGCUCUGUCCCUCCAGAGUUUAUGGGAUCUUCGUGUCGUUAUUGAUCGCCAGUGUCAUCUGCGAGGAACUCCUUCGUUACGGUUCCUUGUUCUCUCGUUCAUAUAUUACUUGGCGAGAAGCAAAAGAAGUACUAUACACCUUAAUACGAACUACCCUUUGACAUUCCACCCACUCUACCGCUCGUUAUACAGACAUCAUGGUCAAAGCAGCUUUCGUUUUGCUCGCUCUGGCGAGCUCGGCCCUUGGCCGUGGACUCCAGCUCAGAGGAACUGGCGCCGAGGCUCCCUGGAGCUCUUCUGUCGCCCCUACCUCCACCAGUGUUCACUCGAAGCCCAUCCGUACCAGCAAGGCUUCUCCCUCCAAGGCUUCUCCUUCCUACUCGCCGUCCAGCUGGGUCUCUCCUGUCCCAUCUAGUACUACGCCGCAGCCUGAGGAGACUAUCACUUACACCACUACCUACACUACGACGACUUGCCCUGUGACCCCGUCGACCGUCACCAGUGGUUCUACUACUUACACCACUCCAGUCACUGGUACUAGCACUAUUGUCGUUACCUCUGUGGUCACUGAGUGUCCGAAGUGCACCAAGACCAAGACUCCUAUCCCUACUAGUACUGCUUUAACCGUGCCUCCUGAGGAGACGACUACUUACACGACUACCUAUACUACGACAACUUGCCCUGUGACCACCUCUACCGUCACCAGUGGUUCUACUACUUAUACCACUCCAGUUACUGGCACCAGCACCGUCGUUGUUACUUCCGUGGUCACUGAGUGUCCCAAGUGCACUAAGACCAAGACUCCUGUUCCUACGAGUACUGCUUCAGUUGUGCCUCCUGAGGAGACGACUACUUACACAACUAUCUAUACUACCACGACCUGCCCUGUCACCCACACCACUAUUACUAGUGGUUCUACCACCUACACCACUCCUGUCACUCAGACUAGCACCAUCGAAGUCACCUCCGUGGUCACUGAGUGUCCUAAGUGCACCAAGACCAAGACUCCUGCUCCCGCUCCUACUGUGACUGUGCCUACCACUAUCCUGACCACCAAGACCACCACCUUCACGACAACGACUUGCCCAGUCACCUACUCGACCGUCACCAAUGGCACGAGCACCUACACCAUGCCGGUUACUCAGACCAAGACCCUGACUCUGACCACCAUCACCACCUGCCCUACGGUCAUUCCGGCUCCUCCCACUGAGACUGCUCCUGCCCCGGCCCCUACUACCUCGGUCGUGACUAUCACCACCACCUACGAGACCACCACCUGCCCAGUUACACACACUACGGUCACCAGCGGCACCAGCACCUACACCACUCCCGUUACUCUGACUCUGACCCAGACUCUGACCACGACCACUUGCUCUACCUCGGUCAUUCCUCCAGCUCCUGUUGCCCCGACCACUGCUACUCUGACCGUUGUGCCGCACUCCUCCGCUCCGGCUCCGGCUCCUGAGAGCCCGGCCCCUGUCGAGACCACUGCCACGGCCAGCCCUGCUCCCGAGACCAGCGUCGUUGUUCCUCCCGCUAGUCCCGCCCCCCAGAGCCCUGCUCCUGCUGAGACCAGCUCCGCUGCUGUUCCCCCGGCUAGCUCUGCUCCGGUCACUGUCUCUCCAGCUCCCGCCAGUUCAGCUCCCGCUGCCUCCAGCCCGGCUGCCCCGGCCGUCCCGUCUUCCUCACCCGUCGGGGUCUCUCCUCAGGAGACCACUACGGCCUCGGUCUCGCCUUCCCCUACUCAGUCGACUGCUCCUGUCUUCACCGGUGCUGCGGCCCAGGUCAGCAAGCCAGGUAUGGGUUUGCUGGUUGGUGCCCUGGUUUUCCUCGCCAACUUGUAAACAGAUGGGAAUUCCCAGUUUGGCUUUCCUGAUUUGAUUUGUCCAUUGCAGUGAUAGCGAAGAAAUCUGACACAUCUACUCACUGCGAUCAUAAUUUCGUCUCGGGCUUGACCACUUAAUGAACUCCAAGAAAAAGGAGCCUUGGAAUAAAGAAAAGAAUCGUG